AUGCAAACAUGUAAGGAAUUGCUUACUGCCAAGCAAAACAGGUCAGAACUGGACCAGAAAAGAGCCAAAUACAUGGAUCAGCUGACAGAGCAGAGCAAAAGGCUGGCAUCUACCCUUAAAACACAGCAUGUGACGGAUGACAAAAUGAGAGAGGAAUUUGACAAACUCUGGGUUAGUUGGACAAACGAUGUGGUGAAAAACCAGCCUACUGACAAACCACUCGAUGUGAAAGUUAUAGUAGAAGAUGUCCUGCUUAAUCAGUUCCACAAUAUCAACAAUAUCCUAAAGAAAGUGAAAGAGGGAAUGUUCAAAUUUGAUCCAAAGGCAUGCGUUCAGCGACGCCUCCUGGAGUAUGUAGGCCUAAGUUACAGAGGCAAUUUCGACCAGAGUAUAAGAAUUCUCAUGGAAAAGUCUAAGUGUGUUGUAAAUGAUUGCAUCACUGUCAAGGAAAAGGGCAAGAAGGAUUUUGAUAAAAACUUCAUCUAUGAAAUUCUGUCGGGUAUCAAGAAGGCCAUUGAUGAUUUUGAGAACACAUCAGGAAACCCCAAAUUAACCAAAGAAUUUAGGGUGGAUUUGUCUGUUAGUCUUUGCCUGAACAAUGUUUCAAGACUUCAGAACAUGCAUGAAGAAUUCAGGAAUGCAAACCAUCCACUAACAUAUUUACAAAGCCAGAGGGAAACAUAUUUCCAGUCAUUCAACAAUUACUGCAAAGGAGCCAGCUCUGUACAAAUAUUUGUUGAGUUUCUCUGUAAAAUCAUCACACCAGAGGUUUUGAAUGCGGCAAAUAACAAAACCUGCCAGAAUAUAGCAGAUAGCUUGAAGACAAACAAUCCAGCUCUCAAAGCCAACCGAUCAAAUCUUGAGAAUCAUAUACUGAAGGAUCUGGCAACACAGGAGAACUUCAGCAUGUAUGAGGAGUAUAUUGAUCACCCAAAAGUAUACUUUAAAAGAUUUAUUCAAGAAACUGUAAACAAAUUCUGUUGUGAUACUGGAAAGCUGCAAUCAAUCUAUGAGGAACAUCUAAAUAGCCUGAAAAAUCAAAUACUUAAAGCAAGCCCAAAUGUAACCACAGAAGUGGGUGAAAGGAACGUCAAUGCGAGUUUGUGGCUUGACGUGUUCUGUAGAAAGGUGGGGGAGCUCAUAGUCAUAAAGAGAGAUGACUUACGGAGCAUUGAAAGGGAAGACAUCAGAGACGGGCAGUUCCUUAAAGACACAAUGGCCACAUUUCUGGAAGAGAUGAUUAAGAAUAAAAAGGUGGACAUGAAAGCCAUGAGAGAGAAACCCACUUCGAUGUUGUUUCAGCAGCUCCAGGGAUGUUGGGCACAGUGUCCUUUCUGCAAAGCCAUCUGCACGAACACCAUCCCCAAGCAUGACGCGGAUCACAGUGUUCAAUUCCACCGCACUGAAGCUCUGAGUGGCACGUCUUUUGUGGACACAGACCAUUUUUGCAUAGAUUUUUGUACCACAUCAGUAGUAAGUGAUCAAAGCUUCAGAACCUGUGAGGAUGGUGAAUGGAUCCCCUAUAAAAUGUACAGAACAGCUGGACCCCCCUAUGAUACAUGGAGCAUUACUCCAGAUGGCAGUUCUCAGGGCUACUGGAAAUGGUUCAUUUGCAAGUUUCGUCCACAGUGGGAGGAAAAAUUUGGCCAUAAGUUCACUGGCCAUGGCAAAAUCCCAAGCGAAUGGGAAAGAUUCACAAGACAAGAUGUGUUGGACCAGCUAAAGUAGUUUAACUUAGUAUUGAGUAAUAGACAUCUAUAUGUGCAGGUAUUAGACCUUGUUAUGAGUCUCUGAGCUGUUUGUAUCACAUUAUAACAAAAAUAUAUCUUUAGAAAACUGUGUUGAUUUGAUAUUUAGUUCAUUAUGAUGUUCAUUACAAUCAAAAGUCCCUGAUUUGACUCCAGUUCCUCCUAUGAUGACAAUAGUAUUUUGUGAUUAACCAUUUAUUUUAAUGUUGAUGCACUAAUGUGUGUCUCAUGGUGGAGCCCAUGAAAUGGGAGUUAAACUCAACAUGCCUUGAAAGCCACCAAAGGUGAGCUGGUCAGACAACUAUUACAUUUACAGUAUAUUCUUACUGUUUGUUUACUUGUAUGUCACUGGCAUUCAUUGUAUUGCUUCUCUUUUAUCCUAAGUUGUGUGGUGUGUGAAUAAACAGUUGUUCUGUAGUUAACAAAGUUUUGGAAUCCAUGUCAUAGUGGCAAAUGGAAAGGAUUUAAGGUAUUUUUAUUUGCUGUUUCUUUGUCAUUUUGUGUUAGUCAAUAUUUUAGUUGACACUUUGUGUCAAACGGGUGGAAUGUGGGGAAAUAUUUGUCAUUGCUUAUAAUCAUAACACUUAGAGAUGACUGCUACACUUAUAUGCUUAAAUGU